UCUACCACUAUACACCACUGCACCUUCCCGCAUUCUUCUUUUCCGCAUACACCUCCUCUUAUACCAUCGUCGUCGUUGGUAAACCCGCUCUGGCACCGUGAGCCUUGUUAUGUGUGCCUCUGCCGCUCGUUCAAUCUGUUGCAUUGUGUGAAGCGGCCGCUGGAACGGGAUUUGGCUGCUCACGUGGUUCUCGCACUGCACGUUUAAAUCCACCACCUCCGCCACCCCCCACUCCUUACUCCCUCAAGUCAUCCUUACUCACCAAAGCCACCAUGCCGCUCUCCCUCUGGUUGACCGUCACCGCCGCGGUUGGCGCCUUCGCCGCCACCGUCAGCACCAGUCUGAAUGGCGACAUCAGAGAUCCGCACGGAAUGGAGCACUUUGUUACGCGCCCGGAACUCAUCUCCCCCAAACUCAUGAUCCGGAAACAUCACCCCGAGUCAAUCACACCCGGCUACUGGUUUGUCACGCCGUACUAUGUCACGAAUCAAUUGCAGCGCCCCCAGACCAAGGAGUACAUUCCCUGCCAGACCGGAGCCCACAUUUACGACAGCGAUGGCCAGCUGGUCUGGAGCGGAGCCUGCCGCUACGACAACCGCAACAUCUUCGCCUUUACUCCCGUCAUGGUAAAUGGCACUCAACAUCUCUCAUUCUGGCUCGGCCAUCAGUUUAUUGGUGACCCCGCCACCAUUCCCAAGGAUGAUGUCCCCGCCUCCGCCAUCCUGCUCAACAACCACUACGAAGAAGUGCAGCGUGUUUUCCAGCAUCCUUUUCUCGACUGUCAUGAAGUUUCCUUCCAACCCGAUGGCAAAUCUGUACUCCUGACCCGGCUGUGGAAGGAGAAGCGCGAUCUUACGGCGUACGGCAAGAAAGGACAGGAAGUCUUGCACGGUGGCUUCCGAGAACUCGACCUCACCACCAACACUCCCCGCUUUGACUGGGAUCCUCCGGCGAACAAUGUCACGCUCGAUGAGAGUUGCGACAAAUCUGGAAAGGGCUCGGAUGUUGGUGAUGCUUGGGAUUACUUUCACAUCAACUCCAUUGACAAGAACGCCGAGGGCGACUUCCUCAUCUCUGCUCGCCACACGAGCACCAUCUACAAGGUCUCCGGCAAAGAUGGCACAGUCAUCUGGCGCCUUGGCGGCUAUUACUCCGAUUUCGUCAUGGAAGACCGACUCCCUUUCCACUGGCAGCAUCAUGCAAGGCUACUCUUCGAAAAUGCUACCCAUUCGAUUGUGUCUGUCUUCGACAAUGCUGGGGACGAUUUUGGCCGGAAUCCCGACAUUCCGAACGAAGUGUCGUCGGGCAAGAUCAUGUUGCUGGAUACGGCGAGCACGCCCAUGACGGCCAAGAUGCUGAGACGUUUCGAUCGUCCGGAUGGAUUGAGGAGCCCGAUGGGUGGCAGUGUGUUCUUGGCGGGCGGCACCGACCCGUUUACUUCGAACGUGCUGGUGAAUUGGGUCAUUCCUGGUUAUUUCUCCGAGUACGACGCCCAGAACAACUUGAUCUUGGAGGGUCGCUUUCAAUCAGAGGGCAUCAAAACGUACCGGGCGUUGAAGUCGGAGUUUGUCGGCCACCCAACCGAGCCCAUCGUCAUGAAAGUUCUCCCCAUCACCUACUCCGACGACAGCGUCGCCUCGACUUUCUAUGUGAGCUGGAACGGCGCCACAGAAGUCACUCAUUGGGCUUUCUACGGCAGCAACACCGCAUCCGGGCCCUUUACACUCUUGAAGAAGGUCAAGAAACGGGGGUUCGAGACUGCCUGGGUCAUGCCUGGCGUGGUGCAACAAGCCUACGUUGAAGGCCUCGACAAGAAUGGCAACGUGCUGGGCAAAUCCAAAGUCGAGCCCAUACAGCCUCCGGCGGAACGCAUGGGGACAUUCCAAGUUACGCUACCCGUGCUUGAGGAUGCGGUGGCAAUGCGUGGACAAGCGGCGCUCACCUUUACCGAUGCCGAGUUCGCCCACGCCGCCGGCUCCAGCGCCAUCGUGCCUCCCGGUGUUCCUCCCACUGUCAACCACGCGGCCAUGCCACCAUCCGAGGACAUAAUUGGAAGCGGCGGCAAAGGCGUAGGCGCCAUAGGCGGCCUCGGCGCUCCCGGCCUCACUCAUGGCCACCCACCGCACCACGUCGGCCCACAACCACCCAUCGACCUCGAGAAAUCCACCACUCCGCAAUCACUGUCCAUGGCCGGCCUCAUCAGACCGGAGGAGUGUCCCAGGCCUCCCCCCAUUCCACCUACAUCGCGUUACUACCCCGCUCGCGCAUCCGACGGCGCAUCGCAACUGGUGGUGGAUGCUUUUGCCAUUUUCGGCCUCUUCUCCGUCGCGAGGGUGCUGCAGACUCGAUGGCUCAAGAGGCGGAAGGGCUAUUACGCUGCCCCGCCGUCGUACUUUGAGUCGCCAGAGUGAAAGUCACACGGAACUCAUUGUGUUUUGGAUUUUGCGCAUUGGGUGUGGAUAUGCAUUGGCAAGCAGGGUUUGAGUUUUAGCGACGCGCAUUCAAUGUUUGUAUAUGUGAUAAUCUUGGAGAACU